AUGCUGCAAGGGACGGCUCGGCCACGUGUCUGUGGUCUUCAGACGUGCUCGAGCCGAAGCACCUCCCUCAACACACUUGAAAGUCACGCAGAGCACACGCAGUAUGCUUGUCAAGGGGUCUGUGGCCAGCGUAACAAGGAUGGGGAGGCCAAGAACUGUGAGUCAUCACGUGACUCUCUUGAAAGCUCAUUCAUCCUCCCCCUUGUCAGAACCUUCAUUGAAGGAACUUCACACAUGCCGUGCGCCACUUGGCUUGAGCCAACAUGUAACGAGCCGGCAGAACACUCCCAAGCAACUGCUGAAACUGCACGGUUCCUGCUGCUACCGACACUGCCAUGCACGUGUUGUCGAAGUACUACGAUGCAUAGCUGA